AUGCACUCUCUUGCUCUCUUUGACAGGAUGAUUUGAUUUUUUUCUUGGCAGUUUGACAUUCUUCCUUUUUUUCCAAAAUAAGGAAAUUACUGUGAGAAAUUCAGCAUAUAUAUCGCCAGAAAUCCAAUAGAGAUCCACUAAAUCCAUUGGACUAAAGGUCAAAAAGUUAAAAUUCAUUCGACCAAAGUUAAGAAAACCGAUAUUUGCUAUAAAAGGCAAAGAAAUUAACAACAACAAAAAGGAAAACAUAUGAACCCUGCAGACGAGAAUAAAUUAAAGUUGCCAAGAGCAGCAGCAGCAGCAGCAGGAACUGUGGGCGACGACGAAAACAACGGUCAGAUAAUAGAACAACAAGACCAUCCAAUGUCAGAUGACGAGGAAGCUGUUAGUGUGCCACAAGAUUUGUCUGUGACAGGACAACAAAGACCCACAAUAACAACACAAAAUCAAGUCGAACAGCAAACACCUCCAGCCAGAACAUCAGCAGCAUCAUCGACAACAAAUACCUCACCCACACCACCGGACAUGAAAAGAUCAGCGGUUAAGGAGUUAAUUGAACGUUAUUUUUAUCAGCUGCAAAGGGGUUGUGGCAAUCCCAAAUGUUCCAAUGUCAAUUGUGCCUCCAGUGGUAAGGUGGCUCCCAUGUCACCCAAUGAAAUUGCCGCAAAAGCAAUUUCUCUUUUCUCCCAGGAUGCACCUCUAUGUGAUAACUAUGCCCAGCAACAGCCCAAAGUGCCCAGGACAGGUCCCCAACAUGACUCACCCUCCAGUUCACGUUCUGCCAAUGCUGUUGACAUGGAUUGUUCCGGUGGCCAAGACGCAGCCAGCACCAGUGGUAGCAGCAGCAGUAGCAGUUCAAACAGUACCAUAACAUCGGGAUCAUCAUCGUCAUCGGCCUCCAGUUCGACCGGUAGUAGUAAUACCAACAUUUCCAGCUGUGCCACAGAAGAGCUGCCGCUCUUAGAAGCCCUGGGCGAAGUAGAGGCUCCAAAUACAGCGGCAACCGGCAAAGCCAAGUCCGCAAGUCCACCCGCCACACCCACCCUAGAGAAUGUGGAAUAUUUAAAUGAGCAAAUACUCGAUGAACUGAUAGAAGAGUGUACAAAAUACAAUUCCUAUGAUCGUCUAAUACAUGCCAUCAACGAGGUCUAUUGUUCGGUCAAGAAACUCAGUAGAAGCUUUAAACGUCCACCCCUGGUGAAAUUGGCCUCCAGCACAGCUAAUGCCUCCAAGCUGCAGGAGAUAUUGGGUAAAUCACCACAAGAACUGAAAAAAGAAGAUCUACGUACACUGGAGGGUGAACACGACAAGGAUGAGGAUAGUACAUGCAUUGAUGCCGACGAUGACGAAGACGACGAGCAUGGCGCUGCAGCUAAUCCAGAAUCUAUGAAUGAUAUUAGACCGGAAUCGGGUUCUUCCAAUUCCAUGGAUAUUGGUAUGGAGCAAACGUCUUCGAACAAUACAGAUGCUGCCACAUCUGCUGAGGGCGCUGGUGCUGGUGGUGGUGGUGGUGAUCGUAUUGAACCCAUGGAUGAAGAUGAUGGCUCUGUGGACCUGGAUGACAUUGUUGUUAUGACACAAAGUUGUGAUACUCAGGUGGAUUUGGAAAGUUUGCGCCGUGUUAAAAAGAAACUCUAUGGACUGAAUAACAAUGCUGUGGGCGAGGCAUUGAAUAAUAAUAUCAUUAUUUUGGCGGAGAGCAUAAAAUAUGGACGUUUCUAUGAUUGGGAGAAGAUAUUGCAUUGUUUUGUUAUAUGCUUUGAUAUGGCAACGACAACCUCAAACCGUUAUGCCGAUUUGGAAUAUCUGGAAAGAAGUAUGCCAAAAUUGUGUCAAGCUGCGCAGACCAUGCCCUUCAAGGCGCAGGCACGUUUAGCACGCAUUUGGUCGGUACACUGCAAGGAUCAGCUGCAAUCAUUCGUGCAAUGUUGUCAACAAUUGAUUACCCUGCAAGUUAUUAUGGAUGAGGAUACGGUGCAGGAGAACAGUGAUGUCAUAGCGGUAACCAAAGUUUUAAAGAUAGCCUUUUAUGCCAGUCUAUUGGCGGGAGAGAUUGAUACCUACAGUAGAUCAAAUAGGGAUACUACCACCAAGGAAUCAUCUGAAGAUCCCGAUGCUGCCUCUGGGUCGGCUGGCGGCAGUGCUGCAAACAACUACGACGAUGGCAUGUUUGUCUAUUUUCCCUACUAUUCAUUUUGUGAAGAUGACUUGGAAAAGGAAUUGGGUAUAUCCUGCAUGGAUUGUAGAAUCCCGCUGGUGCCGCUUGAAGAAUUCUACAAUGAGCCAUUGAGUGAUGCCAUACAAAUGGAUCGGGAUUAUCUGUCAUAUAAGAAUUUAUCAUUGGAUCUAGCUGGCGAAGGCAAUCAUUUUUCCUUUAUGUUGUAUUCGUUUAUUUUAACCCCUGCCACCAAAGUCAUUGCCCUGUACUAUGACAGUCGCAUACGCAUGUACAGUGAAAGGAAUUCGUCGUUGUAUUCAUUGUUCAACUAUUUGGGUGAUGGCAAUGAUGUCCUGCGUCCAGAUUUGAAGCUGAAAGUGAGACGUGAUAAUAUUGUUAAUGAUGCUUUAAUAGGGUUGGAACUGGUGGCCAUGAGUAGUCCCAAAGACCUGAAAAAACAAUUGGUGGUGGAAUUUGUGGGCGAACAGGGCAUUGAUGAGGGCGGUGUAUCCAAAGAAUUCUUUCAAUUAAUUGUGGAGGAGAUUUUCAAUCCCGAUUUUGGCAUGUUUGUCCAUCAGGAAGAAACCAAUACCAUGUGGUUCAAUCCCUCACCCUUUGAAAAUGGUGCCCAAUUUGCCCUGAUCGGCAUUAUCAUUGGCUUAGCUAUUUACAAUAACAUUAUUUUGGCUGUGAACUUUCCCAUGGUGGUCUAUCGCAAGCUAAUGGGUGGCCGUGGCUCAUUUUAUGAUCUAAAAGAUUGGAAUCCAACCCUGUAUCGUAGUCUUAAAUCCAUGUUGGACUAUCAGGAAAACGACAUGGAGGAAGUCUUUAUGCAAACCUUUAAGAUUAGCUAUAAAAAUGUGUUCGAUGAAGUGGUGGAACAUGAGCUGAAACCUGGCGGUGGUGAUGUUGCUGUGGGUCAACACAACAAAAAGGAAUUUGUGGAUUUGUAUAGUGAUUUUUUGCUCAACACCAAUAUAGAGAAACAAUUCAAGGCCUUCAAGAAGGGCUUCGACAUGGUCACCGAUGAAUCACCGCUGCAAUUGCUGUUUAGGCCAGAAGAAAUUGAGUUACUGGUUUGUGGUAGUAGGAAAUUUGAUUUUGUGGAAUUGGAAAAAUCCACAGAAUACGAAGGUGGCUAUACCAAGGAUACUCAAAUUAUCAAGGAUUUCUGGAGCAUUGUCCACAGUCUACCCGAGGAAUCGAAACGUAAACUUUUGGAAUUUACCACAGGCUCAGAUCGUGUACCCGUGGGUGGCUUGAGCCGUCUCAAGCUGUUGAUAACACGUCAUGGACCCGACAGUGAUCGUCUGCCCACAUCACAUACCUGCUUUAAUGUGCUCUUAUUGCCGGAAUACAGCAGCAAAGAAAAGCUGGAAGAAAGACUUUUAAAGGCCAUUAAUUAUUCCAAAGGUUUUGGCAUGUUGUAGAUAAAGGAAAAGGAAAAUUAUUCAAAAUACAAUACAAUAAUAUCCCCCCAUAAAACCCCCCGGGUAAUCAGCUGAAGCAACCAAGGCCUUUUGAAAACAAAACAAAAAAAUCUCUUAAAGAAAAGUUAAAAUUUCUUUUUAUGAAAAUUUAUUUUGUUUCCUUGUUUGGAAAACGAUGACCACCAACUUUACUUAAUGGCUAAUUAUCAUAGAAUCAUGAAAAGAAAGAUAAAAACCACUUUAUUUCUUUGCCUCCCCCGCAAAAAAACGGAAGAAAGAAUGCUAAGAAAACUCGAAAAAAAACAACAUUUAUUAAAUUAUAAGGAAAAUUUUUGGUCUCCCAAAAACCCUUCCCUCUCUUUUUUUUAUAGGUUACUAACUCAUCGCCUAAUUUAUUUGCAUAUUUAUCCAUAUUACAUAGAUAUAAAGAAAACAUAUUUUUUGGCAUUUUU